AUGAAUUCUGCCGGCCCAACCGACAUCUGCCUUUUCUACCCAACCAAGCCAAACUAUCGCCGUCAUCUCCGCGCCAGCGAUCACGAUCGCCAACAGCCGGAAUCAAUUGCCCCAACCAACCGCUUUGCUCCCCAUCGUUCAGCCAUCCAUUCACUUCCACCCGAAGACGAACACAAGAUGAGCUCACCUAGAGACGAGGAGAAGCCGCACGAUGAAACGCGCGAUCACGCCAAUGGCGACAACGACGAGGAAGAGAUAUCGGCGAUGAAGUUGCGUGUCGCCGAGAUGGAAGCCGAAGCGGCCAAGCUCCGGGAGAUGCAGGCGUCGCUCGACCAGGCGCGCCAGGACCUAAGCGAGGACAAGGAGGAUAUCGACAAUCGGAGUAUAUUCGUCGGCAACGUCGACUACUCCACGUCGCCCGAAGAGCUCCAGGCGCACUUCCAGAGUUGCGGGUCUAUCAACCGCGUCACCAUUUUGCUUGAUAAGUUUACCGGCCAGCCGAAAGGGUACGCAUAUGUAGAGUUUAGCGAACCCAACCUUGUCGCCCAGGCUCUUGUUCUCAAUGACAGUGUCUUUAAGGGAAGGAACAUCAAGGUGGAACCAAAACGGACGAAUAUCCCAGGCAUGUCGCGUGGACGUGGUAGAGGUGGGUUCCGCGGCGGCCGUGGUUCUUUUGGUAGGGGCGGUGGCUACACGAGAGGAGGAUACCGCGGAGGGUACCGGGGCCGCGGCCGCGGAUUUACGCCGUAUUGA